AUGGGUAAUGAUUCAUCCAAAUCGAAGUCAUCUACAAGCAAAGGAAUAACUUCCACAUUAGGUAUCAAAGCGGGACCAUCACAAGCUACCGUACAGAGACACAUUGAUAAUGCGCAGAAAAGCAGAAUUCUUCAGCUGAAGUCGUGUGGCUUGAAGGCUCUACCGUCCUCUCUGAACGAGCUUCACGAUGUAAUACGAAAUCUGGAACUAAGUCAGAAUAAACUAAAAGAGUUGCCACCGACUAUAGGGGCUUUCACCGUCCUCAAGCAGCUACAUCUCUCAGAAAAUGCUCUCACUGAACUUCCUCAUGAGAUUGGAAUGCUGAAAAAUCUGGAGAUUCUCCAAGUGCAGUCGAAUAAACUAUCAUCUCUGCCCGACAGCUUGGUUGGCUGUACUUCACUGAAGACGCUCAAUAUUUCGGCUAAUAGCUUCACGCAAUUUCCUGUGGUUGCUUGUCACUUGAUGUCACUGGAAACGUUAAAUCUUGCUCAGAAUACUAUCAGCGAACUUCCGGAUGAGGUAAGCUCGCUGAACGCAUCCGAGGUGAACUUGAAUCAGAAUCGCCUCAAUUUCCUCAAUGCUGAUGCUCUUGCCAAAUGUCCUCAUUUGAAAAUUCUCCGGGUCGAAGAGAAUUGUCUUGCCAAAAAUGAAUUUACUGUCAGUCUUCUCAAACACUCUCCUGUUAGUAUUAUAAGCUAUUCUGGUAAUAUUUUAUCCAAGUAUCGAGAAUUCCCAAGAUUUACCCGAAUCGAGGACUACCAAGGAGCCGUUUACUGGACGACGCUCGACGAAAAAUGUGAUUUUGUGUCUUAUGUGAUACAUGGUACAUACUCGCUAGUGUAG